GAGUCAAACGUUGACAGGAAUAUGAAAAAUUUUAGCUAAAUUUCUUAUACAUGGCACAUAAAUACGUUUCGGUCCUUACAAACACCGUCGCUUGCCUAAAGCGACGUGUAUUUCAAAAUCCUGCAUGUAAUAUGUUUUCGCCAGUCCAUAAAAAUGUUAAUUUUACGAUUUGCCGUAGAUAUGGGACCAAAAUCCAGGAAGCCUCACCGAUGAAAAUGUUUUUCUUUAACGUCAGAAACAAUAAUGUUACUAGGAAGUUGAAUAAAAUACCAUCCAUGGAGGAGUUGGGAACUAAUUUAUCAGAAAUUUCUCAAAACUCGUUAUGCGUUAAAGCUGCUAAAUCGAAGGACAAUACAGCCGACGGCGUCACUAAAUAUAUGGAAGACAAGGCUGAAGCAUGCAUCUCGCCAACUCGUCAAGGCACCGCGCCUUCAAUAACCCAGGUUAAAAGUUUACUCCGCAAACCUAUAAAUAUUGAAUGUCAAUUCAUAAAGUCUCCUGAGGGAACCAUGUUCGUCAUUGCCAACGAGCCCGUGCAUAUCAUGACCGAUAGUUUCUGGGUAAUAAUCGGUUCAAGACACAGCAUUGGAUCUAAUGGCUUAAAACGGGCACAGUUCUAUCAUAACAUGUGCUCUUACAAGCCCGAAGUUCCGAUUACUGCGAUUGAAACGAGCGAAGAACAGCGUGAACGCGAAUCGUGCACCGAAGGUAACCCUGACUGCUUUAAAGAUAUUAACGCCGAAGUAGCUACGAAUUCGUUUCAUAAGCAAAAGGGAUGUAAGCACAUGGCAUGCUCCAUUGGACACUUGUAUGGACCUAUCAUAACAAAAAACAUUUCUGUGUUCACGAAGGUUAGUACCAAGGUCACCUUGAGUGCGAUCUGCGGAGCCGGCGGCUCCGUGACGUGCAGACGCGCGGCCACCUUAAAACAAUCGGUACGUGAUCGAACGUGCGGACCAAAGAAACCCGUCUGCGGCGGAUCCGGAAAAGGCAAGAUGGAGACACUGUCAAAGUUGCUGCAACCGAUACAGAAGAAAACUGAUGACACCGGCAACAAAGUGACGGUGGUGGGAGUGGGCCAGGUCGGCAUGGCUGCCGUGUUCGCCAUGCUUACGCAGGGCGUGACGUCCAAUAUCGCGUUGGUGGACGUGUCUGCGGAGAAAGUGAAAGGCGAGAUGUUGGACUUGCAGCACGGCUCCGCUUUCAUGAGGAACGCUAAAAUAUCCGCGAGCACAGAUUAUGCCGUAUCGGCCGGCUCUAAGAUUUGCAUAGUGACGGCCGGCGUGCGCCAACGCGAGGGCGAAACCAGGCUCGACCUGGUGCAAAGAAACACCGACGUACUCAAAAUGAUCAUUCCUCAGUUGCUAAAGCACAGCCCCGACACGAUCCUGAUGAUCGCCAGUAACCCGGUGGACAUUCUGACCUUCGUGACGUGGAAGUUGAGCGGGCUGCCGAAGCAGCGCGUUAUCGGCUCCGGCACUAACCUGGACUCGGCCCGGUUCCGGUACCUGCUCUCGGAGCGGCUCGGCAUCGCGCCCACCUCCUGCCACGGGUACAUCAUCGGCGAGCACGGAGACACUAGCGUACCGGUGUGGUCUGGAGUGAACAUCGCCGGCGUUCGACUCAGCGACCUCAACAAGGACAUCGGCUCCGCUUGCGACACCGAGAACUGGAAAGUGAUGCAUGAAAAGGUAGUGCAGAGUGCUUACGAGGUGAUCAAGCUGAAGGGCUACACGUCGUGGGCCAUCGGGCUGUCCCUCGCGCAACUCGCGCGCGCCAUCCUUACCAACGCCCACAGCGUGCACCCAGUCACCACUUGUCUUAAGGGCGAGCACGGGAUCGAGGACGAGGCGUUCCUGUCGCUGCCGUGCGUGCUGGGCACGUGCGGCGUGUACGACAUCGUGCGGCAGCCGCUCACCGACAACGAGCUGCAGCAACUGCGCAAGUCCGCCAAGGUGAUGGCGCAAGUGCAGGCCGGCAUCAAGUUCUAAACACCACUACUACUGCGCGUCACGACGUUACGGUCACAUGUUCCUACCUAAAAAUUUAUAAGUGUUAGGGACGAUAAGCAAGUAAAUUUGCCGUUGUGAUGCAGUAAUGCUACUGGUAUGACAUCUGCUUUAUGUGUCCAGUGUAAUUUAUGUGCAUUUUUAAAUCUACUUACGUGUUGUAGAUGUUUUAUAAUUAUACGUAUUAUAAAAUUUAUAAGUGUUAGUCAAUAUUUUUGUCUAUUUAUUAAUAAAGUAUUACAUGUUGCUUGUUUUUAAUAAACAUUUGAAGGCGGGUCUGAUUUAAUACUAGGCGCUAUGUUUUUAUACACACAAAAUAUUAAAUAAAUGUUGUAAGUAAUCUCAACUAUGUACUACAUUAAAUUAUUUUUAUUGUAAUGGUUCGGCUUAUUAUUUGAACUCAGAACCAUAAAUAUUAAAUGUCCUAAAAAUUACAGUUAUCUAUGUUACAAUUUCUCUCUUAGUGUCCUUUCGUAGUCUUGUAAAUGUCACAAAUAUUAUAAGUGUAUCAUAAAGAAUAUCUCUCUUAACCUCAAUGUUAGUAUUUGUAGAGCAAUUGAAAUAGUUCCAAAUAUUCACUUGUAUGUGUAUUUUUUUUACAAUUUUAAGUAGUUGUUUAUGUACAUUUGAUACGAUUAUAGUAAAUUUCACAGUUUCUUCAGUCUAUACAAUAAUAAGAAAAUUAAUUGAUAUAAAAAAAAUAAUCGUAAUGUACCUAUUUUUGUAAUAAUACAAAUUUACUUCGUAAGUACAAUGCAUUUCAAUUGAUGUUUCUUAAUCAAGUAAUAAAUGUUGUAAAGCUAA